GCAGUUCAAAACCAGCAGCAGCUCCUCAGGAGAAAGACUGGGCCAUCAACAGUUACAGGCUGGAGAGUAAAAUAGUGGAAGUGUCUUCUCUUCCGGCCUCUUUGAUCUGGGCCGCAGAAGCAAGAUGACCAAGGGAAUGUCAUCUUUCGGAAAGCGUCGCAAUAAGACCACGUACCUUGUGCAGCCGCUGUGGCUCCAUCUCCAGAAGUCGACCUGCAGCAAAUGUGGCUCCCCUGCCAAGUGCAUGAGAAAGUAUACCUGGAGUGCCAAGGCUAAAAGAUGAAAGGCACGAAUGAGAUGCCUCAAAGUUGUCUCCCGGAGCUUCAGGCAUGGACUCCGUGAAGAACCAACUGAACCCAGGAGGGCAGCUGUUGCAGCGUCAGUGCAUCUCAAGGAUCGCUAUGCUUAG